AUGUCUACAGCCGAAACGGGAUUCUACUCUGAAAUUCCAGAUAAUCCGAGUAAAAGUAACGCUUUGCCAGCGAAUGACAGUAUUUAUGAAACGCCAUGCGUUCAACAGAAAAAGCUCAAAGAUACUAAAGACACAACAGUAAGGGGAGGACUGAUUGCUCUGGCAAUAUUUUUAGCAAUGGUUAUUGGACUUGUUGUUUUUGGUUUUGUGAUUAUCAUACAGCUCCAGAGUGAGAUGAGAAUUAUGAAAGAGCAACUGGAACAUCAAGAAAACCAAUCAUUUGCUAGGUUGAAAUCGCUAGAAGAAAAUGCCUCACAAAUUAUUUACUCAAACCUUGAUGAACAGCAAAUCCAAAUAAACCAAUCGGUUGAAGAUAUUUCAAGUUUAAAUAUUUUUUAUGAAAAUCUGGCGAUGAGAGUGAUACAAGACUCAGAGGAAGUUAAUUCCAAACUUACUGAAGUGCAGAUCAGUCUAAUUCAAUCUAUUGACGAUAUAUCGAGCGUGAAUCGUUCUCAACAACAAUUGAUGAAAUUAGUUAUUCAAGUAUCGCGUAUCUUACGUCAUCCAGACGCCGCUGAUGAUAUUAUAUAG